AUGGCGUGCCGCUGCUGCGCGGAGGGCCGGCGGCACAGCAGCAUCCUCUACAGCAUCCUCCGCAGCCAGGAGGAGCGGGCGGGGCCGGCGGCCGGGCCGGCGCCCCGGGGCUGCCCGUGCGGGUCGCGGCGGAGGGUGGCUCUGCGGAGCCCGCAGGUGGCUUGCAAGGCGGCCUCGGCCGUGCUGGUGAAGACGCUGCGCUUCGUGCAGAACGUGCCCUGCUUCCAGGAGCUGCCGCUGGAGGAGCAGCUGCUGCUGGUCCGCAGCUGCUGGGCGCCCCUGCUGCUGCUGGGGCUGGCGCAGGACCGGGUGCACCUGGAGACGGUGGAGAGCGCGGAGCCCAGCAUGCUGCAGCGCAUCCUCACCGCCCGGCAGCACGGCGAGCGGCCGCCGGCAGCGGGCCGGCCGCACCACGGCCCGCACCUGCCCUCGGCCGGCGAGAUCCAGGCUAUCAAGGGCUUCCUGGCCAAGUGCUGGAGCCUGGACAUCAGCACCAAAGAGUACGCUUACCUCAAGGGGACGGUGCUCUUCAACCCGGAUCUACCUGGACUGCAGUGUACUCAGUACAUUGAAGGAUUGCAGAGGGAAGCACAACAAGCUCUAAAUGAACACAUCAGACUCAUUCACAGAGGUGAUGAAGCCAGAUUUGCCAAGCUGAAUGUUGUUCUCUCCUUGUUAAGAUCAAUUAAUGCUAAUGUGGUUGCUGAAUUAUUCUUCAGGCCCAUCAUUGGAGCAGUGAACAUGGAUGACAUGCUUUUGGAAAUGCUUUGUGCAAAAUUAUAAUUAAAAUUAUGAAGGUGUGUAAAAUAAUGACAAGAAAUCCAGUGCAAAGGAAGCCCCAGAGCAGGA